CCCGGGCUCGGCUCUUGCCUUCUCCAUACUUGUUUGAUUUAUGAGGAAUCCAAGAUGAAUUUGGAGCAGGAGAGGCCAUUUGUCUGCAGUGCCCCCGGCUGCUCCCAGCGCUUCCCAACAGAGGACCAUCUGAUGAUUCAUAGGCACAAGCACGAAAUGACUUUGAAGUUCCCUUCCAUAAAAACAGACAAUAUGUUAUCAGAUCAGACUCCAACUCCAACGAGAUUCCUGAAGAACUGUGAGGAGGUGGGCCUCUUCAAUGAGCUGGACUGCUCUCUGGACCACGAGUUUAGGAAGGCACAGGAGGAGGAGAGCAGCAAGCGGAACAUCUCAAUGCAUAAUGCAGUGGGCGGAGCCAUGACGGGACCUGGAGCCCACCAGCUUGGCAGCUCCCGCAUGCCCAGUCAUGACACCAGUGUUGUGAUCCAGCAAGCCAUGCCGUCACCCCAGUCCAGCUCUGUCAUCACCCAGGCACCUUCCACCAACCGCCAGAUUGGGCCUGUCCCAGGCUCUCUAUCUUCUCUGCUACACCUCCACAACAGACAGAGGCAACCCAUGCCCGCCUCCAUGCCCGGGACACUGCCCAACCCUACCAUGCCUGGCUCUUCGGCCGUCUUGAUGCCAAUGGAGAGACAAAUGUCAGUGAACUCCAGCAUCAUGGGCAUGCAAGGGCCAAAUCUCAGUGACCCCUGUGCGUCUCCCCAAGUCCAGCCAAUGCACUCAGAAGCCAAAAUGAGGUUGAAGGCAGCCCUGACUCAUCACCCUGCUGCCAUGUCCAAUGGGAAUAUGAACACCAUGGGACACAUGAUGGAAAUGAUGGGCUCCCGGCAGGACCAGACGCCGCACCAUCACAUGCACUCACACCCGCAUCAGCACCAGUCACUGCCGCCCCAUCACCCCUACCCGCACCAGCACCAGCACCCAGCACACCAUCCUCACCCUCAGCCCCAUCACCAGCAAAACCACCCACAUCAUCACUCCCAUUCCCACCUUCAUGCACAUCCAGCACAUCACCAGACCUCGCCACACCCACCCCUGCACACCGGCAACCAAGCACAGGUUUCACCAGCAACACAACAGAUGCAGCCCACCCAGACAAUACAGCCGCCCCAGCCCACAGGGGGGCGGCGGCGGAGGGUGGUGGACGAGGAUCCCGAUGAGAGGCGACGGAAAUUUCUCGAACGGAACCGGGCAGCUGCUACCCGCUGCAGACAGAAGAGGAAGGUCUGGGUGAUGUCACUGGAAAAGAAAGCAGAAGAACUCACCCAGACCAACAUGCAGCUUCAGAACGAGGUGUCCAUGUUGAAAAACGAGGUUGCCCAACUGAAACAGCUGUUGUUAACACACAAAGAUUGUCCAAUCACAGCCAUGCAGAAAGAGUCACAAGGCUAUCUAAGUCCGGAGAGCAGCCCUCCUCCAAGUCCUGUGCCAGCCUGCUCCCAGCAGCAAGUCAUCCAACAUAACACCAUCACCACCUCCUCAGCGGUCAGUGAGGUGGUGGGCAGCUCCACGCUCAGUCAGCUCACCUCACACAGAACAGACCUAAAUCCCAUCCUUUAAAACAUAAGGCUCACAUCUGGCCUCUAAGAAGACCCAGCCCGUACCAUGCAUCCUUUCUCAUAAGGGCAUUUGUAGAAUUAACUCCGACCUGGAAGACUCCUCAGCCCUUCAAAGACUGGCUUUCAUUUUUAUAGUUACUAUGAAAAUGUCGACUUUUAUACUUAGUUAUCUAAGAAAAAAAAGGGAGUUAUGCAAUUAAUAUCUAUCAGCUUGGGGAAUGCUUUGGUGCUUUCCUCCCACUUUCUGGUACCAGUUACUUGUUUAUAAACUGAACCUUGUCUGUAUAUAGUCAUGGUUUCAUUUUUAUCGGCCCAAGCCUUUGCCUGAGAUGAGGAAUCAUGUGAAACCACAGCUUUUAAGCCAAAAAUGAGGCAUACGUAAGUGUCAAGUAAUACAGAUCCAAGGUAACUUCAAGAAUCUGGUGAUACUGCAAUUCAUGUCGAGUUUGUGCUGAAUGGCACCAGAAUCCCAGACAGAUACAAAGCUUUUCCCUCUACUUCCUCUUUUACUAGAAAAAAAAAAAUGCUAAGAUCCACCAAUAUGCAAAUAAAAUCGCCAGGCAUCUCAGCCCCUCUGCUUCCUCCUGUUGGUCCAUUUGCUCAAACACCCAGGUUUCCAAUCCAUUUCCAGUUUUCCUCAGGCUCCCCGUUUGCUGAUCAUUUUGCUGGACUCCUGUUUUACUGUUUUUCCCUUUAGCGCUGCAUGCAAAGAAAAUAAUGUUUAAA